AUGCUGAGCGCCAGGAGUUAUUCGGGUGGAAACUACUUCCACGAAACAUGUGAAGCUGGCUCAUUAGCUCUUCUUAUGAGAGCAGAAGAGUGGAUGGAUCAACCAAUCUCAUCGAUCUUGACUAGAACAAACUACAAUGGUGAGCAAUGCACCCAUAUCCUCGUGAGGAACAAGGAUAUUUAUGCACAAGAGAUGAUGAACAUCGUCUUGAAGCUUGGAGCUGACAUAAACGGCAAGGAAGGGCUCGGUGGUUUCACUCCUCUGCAUUUGUGUGUCUAUGAAAGGAAUUACGAGCUCGCCGAAUGGCUAUGCAGGGCACCAGGCAUCAAUUUGGAAGCUACCAACUUCGCCGGGCAGACUGUCUAUCAAUUUGCCUUAGAACGAAAUGACAUUCAAAUAAUGGAGAUACUGAGAAAGGCCGGUGCCAAGUGCGAACCUUAG